AUGUACUGGCGAUAUACAUGGUGGGAGUACCAGGACUACCGCCUGUGUUCGGAGAUCCCACUACCCCAGGGGCUAGUGGUAUCGGCCAAAGGUGAUUUUCUCCACUUUGUUGAUGAAGCCCGCUACACUCCAGCGUGCUACAAGGACAAAGUACCCAUGCUCAACGUGGUGAUGGGGUACGUGAUGCACCAGUACUCCAAGGCUUUGCCAGUGGCGAGAGAGCUGUGGACAGAGUUUGCCCAUACUCUGCGAGGCCGGUUUGCCAACUCGGUGGUGGCUAUCAUCUACCUGAUCUCCGUUUCCGCGGUGCUUACGCUUUUCCUCACAAUCUUCGUCCUCACCAACUACACGAUCAAGCCGCUGAUGCUUUUGAAAUUGCUGUCGGUGUUGCUGCUGGCGUAUAUCCUUGCCGUGGUGAUCCGGCUGAUCACGGACCUUCACCAGCAGCAAUCGGUGGGGUACUUAAAAGGGCUGUUAGUGCUCGAUACUUUGAAUAAGCUGGUAUGGCUUCAAAUUCUCGAUUUGAUCACCGUGUUCUUGCUUCAAGUGAACCAGGUUCAAGUGGUGAUGCGGAUAUUUCAACGUCAAAAAGAGCGGAGAAUGACGCUUUUAAUCGGUGUGUUCUGUGCCGUGUGUUCGCAAGUGAUCUGGGGUAUCGCUAAGUUUGCCACGUUUCCAAAUAACCAAGAGGCAGCUGACAUCUUACCGGCAUUCAUUUAUCUUGUCCGUAUCGCCAUGGCCGUGUGCUACGCGACUAUCGUGCUGGUGUUUAUGCUCAGUAAGAUCCACUAUAUUUACCAUAACUCCAAAAUAUGGGUGAUUCUGGGACUUACGUUUGUGCUCAUUUAUUCACCCGUGGCAUUUUUCGUGGCUGACGUGUCUAAUGCUUUCAUCUAUGAGCUUUCCGAAGUGUUCUCCGUCGUCACUUACGUAAUCUGUGUGGUAUUACCUUGGGAGUGGUGUAACAAGUUUAAUAUGAUCAUGAAGGUGAAGGAGAAGGAAGGGGUGCUUGGUCGUCGCUUCUAUGAGGACGAAAUGGCCGAAAUCGACCGCUACGAGAUCUUUGAAGAUAAGCUGGACGACGACUCCGUGCUGGCCACGGGAGACCACGACGCCCUUCUUGGAAAGAGAGCUAAGCUUAGACAGAAGAUGGCGGGAGCUGAGUGGGAACGCGUCCAGAACGCCUACCAGCUGCUGAAACAGGCGGUGUUGAAAGUGACUGAUGGCAUCAUUGCCGCCGGGUUCCUGAUCCCCCGAUCAGUGUCAGUGGGCACCGACGACGUUACUCCUCGCGAUCCAGUUAGAACUACGACUAAUCCUCGCCAUAACGUGUAUGUUUAUGACCGUCGCGAAGUGGUGAUUGAAUUCAGUGAUGGCGAAGACGACGACCCUCAACCCUCCAGUUCCAACCACCAACGACACCCAUGA